AUGGAUAAUGCAACUGUAGAACGAAAAACUAUUAAAGCAACUAGGAUAACCUUUUCACCAGGUGCAAAGGUCGGAGGUGGGGUUUAUUCAAUAGGGGCAAGAUGGGGUCAUGCUAGUAUAUCACAAGGUAAAAGAAUUUUAGUAUUUGGUGGUCAAGGUGAAUCAUUAUAUUCAAAUACUUCUGUAUAUGAUCCAGUUACAAGUGUUUGGUCAGAAGUUAAUACAGUAGAUAAAGGUCCAUCUGGUAGAUAUGGUCAUACAGCAACCCUCCUAGAGGACAUAAAUGAUCCAAAUAAUCAAAGAGUUAUGAUUUUUGGUGGUAAAAGUGGUAAAAAAUAUUUAAAUGAUUUAUUUUCUUUAAAUUUAAGAACAAUGUCAUGGAGUACAUUUCAUUUUGAAAAAUCAACAUUACCAGAUUCUAGAGCUGGUCAUACAAGUACAUAUGUACCACCAAUUAAUAUUAAUGGUUCUCUUAGAAUGGUUGUAUUUGGAGGAAGUCAUUCAGAUAAAUAUUUAAAUAGUUGUUUUAUAUUGGAUUUACCAAAAUCACAAGCAGGUACAAUUAAGUGGAUAAAACCACAAAUCAAAGGUAAAGCACCAUCACAACGUUCAGGUCAUACUGCAGACUAUUUGAAGGAUAGAAAUUCAAUUUUAAUAUUUGGUGGAUUUGAUGGUAGAAAAUCAUUCAACGAUUUACAUUUACUCAAUAUGACCGAUAUGAGCUGGACAGCCGUUAAAACCAAUGGUACAACACCAACCACUAGAAAUGGUCACACCUCUGUUUUAGUGGGCGGUAGAUAUUUGGUUUUCUAUGGUGGUUGUAGUGAAAGUAAUGUUUCAAAUGAUAUACAGAUUUUAGAUACUGAUAGUUUCACUUGGUUAUCACAACCAAUGAUAACUGGUUUAAUUUUAUUUCCACGUUUUAAUCAUUCAUCAAAUUUAUUAGAUUCAGGUGAAAUGAUUGUAUUUGGAGGUUGUGCUUCUGGUGUAUUAUAUAGCGACAUGUGUUCUUUAGAUUUAAAAUUAUUUUUACCAACACCACCACCACCAACACCAACUAGAAAUUUAUCAAUACAACAAUCAUCAUCACCAAUUUCAACUCCAACCACUACUACCACCACCACCACCACUACGACCACAUCAACAGGAGGAAAUUCCGCCACACCACAAUAUUCAAUUGAACAUUUAUCACAACAAUCACAAACUACAACACCAACACCUUUAUCACCAAUGACUGCAAGUACUUGUGGUUCUUGUCAACAUCAUCAACAUCAUAAUUAUCCACAUAAUAUUAAUCCGGUAUCAGCAUCAUUGCCAACUACACCAUCAUCAAUUCAUGUUAAUAAUGCAUCACUUGUAAAUACAAAUUUAUUAUCAAUACAAUUAUCAAAUGCUUUGUCAUUAUUAAACUCUGAACAAACUCAAAAAACCAGUUUAUCCGAUGAAUUGAUGAAAACAAAAAAUGAAAGAGCGGAAGCAUUUAGAAAUGCAAUGGAAGAACAAUCAAAGAUUGAAACACUAGAGAAAGAGUUGAACAAAAUCGAAAAUGCCUACAAGAAAGAACUCACACAAAAGAACAAAGUACAAGAUUCUCUUCAAAAGAUUUCCUCUACACUCAAAGAAAAGGAAACAAUCAUUCAAUCAUAUCAAGAGAUUAUGAGUCAAUUAAAAUAUAAUUUAAAGGAUUCAUCAUUAAUGGAUAAAAAAGAUUCUGCCAUUGUUCAACUACUUUAUCAAUUUUCGUCAAUAACAAAUAAUUGUGUUGGUAGUAGUAGUGGUGGUAGUAGCAGUAGUAAUAAUAGCGGCGCUGGAGGUAGUAUUAAUCCAACAGAGAAUAUAUUGUUGGUAAAAGAAACCAUUGUAAAUAAGUCAUUAGAGAUUCAAUUGGAGGAAUUGAAAAAGGAAAAUCAAAAAUUAAAAGAAAAUUCAACAAAUAAUCAAACAAAAUUAUUAGAGUACGAUUUAAUUAAGCAAACCAUUACCAAUAGGAUACAGAUAGAAGCUGUUUCAGUUGAUAAUCUUUUAGGAGAUAAAUUGGAUUCACUCGAGAUGAAAGACCUUGACAAGUUGGAAGAACUCUACCAUAACGUUUUAAAGAAAGUUGGUUCCGCCAAACAAGAUCUACUUCAAAAACAACUAUUAAAAAUGCAAAGAGAAAAAGAAGAAAGUGCUGCAAAUGGCAAUGGUAAAACUUGUGUUGUUUGUGUUGAUCUUUUAAUUAAUACCGUAUUAGUACCUUGUAGACAUAGUUGUAUAUGUAGUACUUGCUCAAAGAAAUUAUCACUUUGUCCACUUUGCAGAACCCCAAUUAAAGAUGUUAUUGAAUAUUAUUAA